GAAAUCUUUAAGUUCCAGCUUUAUCAAUAUUUUGUGGAACACCUGGAUAUGUUUUGUUGUUUAAACACAAACUAAACUUGUAUUAUUAUAUUUAAAAUAAUUAAUAAUGCUUGUAAUUCCCUUUAUCUAUUUAAAACUAAAAACAAUUCGUGUCCCCGAAAUUUGUGACUUCCGGACAAGUCAGGUUUGUUACGCCAAUUUCUUUAAAAAAAACCUACCAAAUGCUUUUUUUUGUUUUGCAAAUAUAUGGCAACACUAAUAGCCUAAAGAUCGGCCAUCUUAAAAUUGAACGCCAGUGUCAUUUCGUCGCUAGUGAGAGUGUGUUAUGUUACCGAUUGGACUGAGAAGAAAUUCGUCGUCAGAAAUAUGCCAUUAACAGCUAAAGAAAAGAUGCGUAGGUAUAGGGAGAGGUUAAAAAAUGAAAAUCCAGAGAAGUAUGAGGAACAGCGAAAAAAGAACUUAGCAAGAAUUAAAUCAAAAAAGAAAAAAUUGCAGAAAUGACACAAGCUGAAGCAGAAUCAAAACGAAAAGAGUGGAGAGAAGAAAAAAGGAUAAGCAGACAACGUCAACAUAAUAUUAAUAGACCAUCGCCUAUGCCUGUGUCUGAAAACAUAACAACAGAACAAGAAAAGAGAACACAGGAAAAUAAAAUUAAAAACUUAAAAAAGAAACUUCAACUGUGUCAAAAACAAAACCUAAAUAAUAAAGCUUUAAUUAAAAAGAUGAAAACUAAAACUGAAUGUUACAAAAAAAGAAUUCAGAGAUUACAACAACAAUUCAGUAAAUCCAUAGCUUCCUUACAAAAAGCACUAGAUUUUAUUAAAGCCCAAAAUGAAGUAUUAGAGAGCGCAAUAAAAACCAGUUUCUCAAGAUGUACGAAACAUUCAGAAAAACAGUUGUUGAAAAAAGUGGUUCACAAUUCGAAAAAUAAGCAAUAUACUUCUAAAGUGCUUGGAUUGAAAAUGACAGCAAGGCUUAAACCAAAGAAGGCAAAAAAGAUAGAGAUUCCAGAAAUAAAAGCUAUCUUCGUAAGAGACGUGGUUAGUAGAAUAACAUCAGGUAAAAAAGAAUGCAGAGUAAAGAAUAAAAACAAACAACAAAUUAGGUAUCUUAUUGAUAGUACUCCAAAUCUUCAUAAAAAAUAUAGAGCAGAGGGAGGGCGUUAUGGCAUUACUACUUUUUACAAAAAUAAGCCUUUCUUUGUUUUAUCUCCUCAUAUCCAAUCAAGGUCAACUUGUCUGUGCGAAAAACAUGAUAAUAUCAAAUUUCAAUACGAGAGUUUAAGGAGACGUCAUAUUAUAAACGAAGAUUUCGACAAAUUAUUGCAAGAAUUAGUAUGUGACACCAAAAACCUUGAAUGUAUGUACAACAAAUGUGAGAAAUGCAAAAACAAAACACCACAAUAUGCGGCAGAUCAAGACACACUACAGACGGUUAAUUGGAACCAGUGGGAACGCCAAGACCAUGUAUACACAAAAAAGGGUGGAACCACAGUUCACACAAAAAAGACUGUUCGAGUAACGAAGACUGACACAGCGCAAAAAUUGAUGGAUGAUUUGAGCCACGAUAUUAUUGCUUUUAAAAAACAUCAUUAUAAUAAUAUUCACCAACAAAAACAAUAUCAAAAAGCGGUCACUAAUAUGAAAGCUACUGAGGCCGUUAUAAUUUGUGAUUUUUUAGAAAAUUAUCAGAGUAAACUAACGGAAGAAAUACAAUCUAUGCAUUUUGGUGCCUCAAAAUCUCAAAUCAGUCUCCAUACUGGCAUGAUUUAUUUGAAAAAUAGAUCACAAUCUUUUUACAUGAUAUCUGACAAUCUCACUCACCAACCUCCUGCAAUAUGGGCCCACUUGUCUCCUAUUUUAGGUACAGUUAAAGAGAUGUGCCCAGACGAAGAUGUUAUCCAUUAAUAUUCGGACGGUCCAACCUCUCAGUAUCGACAGAAAUACAACUUUUUUUACAUUCCCUAUUUACCAGACAACUUAAUCUUUCUUACUCAACGUGGUCAUUUUUGGAAACUGGUCAUGGCAAAAGCGUGGCAGAUGGAAUAGGUGGCACCAUAAAACGUAUGUUAGAUAUGAAAGUAUGUCAUAGCGCCGACAUAAAAAAUACUAGAGAUGCAUACGAGGCAAUUAAAAAAUCUGAAACUAUUAUACAAGUUCACCUUAUUGAGGAAGAAGUUAUAAAGAGAAUUCCAAAUAAAAUUUCUGACAAUAUACGUGGGUUGCCCGGUACCAUGAAAGUACACCAAAUCAUUUCAGACACACAGACAGACAAACAUAAAAUUAAAUACAGAGAUGUCAGUUGUUUUUGCGAACCGCUAAGAGGAAAGUGUUCUUGUUUUUCUCUUGGUGAACACUAUCUACAAUCAAGCAACGGUCCAAUACAACCACUUCCAUACUGUGCAGAGUUGGAUGAGGCUGACUUAUUACAUGAUUUAAUUGAACUUGAGCUUCCAUCACCCACACCUUCAUGUUCUAUUCUAACAGAAGAGACCGCCUUAUUCGAUACAGUUGAUAAGGAAGAAGGGAAAAAAGAUUUUAUGGACAGUUCGAAUCCGAACAGUAUGCUAGAUUCAGCACUGGAUAUCGACAAAUUACCCCUAAUUAUUUUGCCAACCUCUCCUGGUCCUAGUUCUAAGCAAAAUAACGUACACAUUACGCCAAAAUUUAGUUCAUCUAAGAGAAACAUGAAGUUUCAAAAUUGCAAUUUAUGCAGAUGUACAAUACUCAGCCAGGUAGCUAAAUGUAUGGGAUGUAAACAAUUCUACUGCGAAGAUUGCGUCGGCGGCGGUCCCAGUUAUUUUGAUUAUAUUUGUGAUAAAUGCUUUCAAAAUAGUGAAGGUAGUUGCGCUUGACUUCUGUUUUAGAUUAAAUUAUAUUUUCAAUUACGUUUAAUGUCCCGUCCGCUGCCUUGACCUAAGGUUCCUAAAUUAUUUUAUUUUAGUAAUAUUAGCUUUUUUUUUACAGAUUGAUAUCUCCUUCAAACGAUAUUGAGACAAAUUAGAGUCAUAACUACUAAAAAGAUGGUGGUUGUUGUGGAUAUAGAUAAAGUUUUAACAAAAUAUGAUUUGCUGCAGUAUUAUUACUACAAUUUAAAGUGGCCGUGGGCUGAGACACAUUUUAUCCUUUCCUCUGUGUGGGAAAUGCCAUGUAAAUGUAACACCAAUCAGUGCUACGGGUAUUCGACCGUUUCACUUUACCUUAUUAAUGAAUGUAAACGACUUACAGAUGCUGUUAUGUCGUUUAGAAUGUUGGUGUGAUUAUUGUGAUGCGCUUAUUUACGAUCACUAUCCAGAAGACGAAUGCAAAAUAUGUUCUUAAAGAUAGUGAGAACAACUUAAUAAAGAUUGAAAAAUAGUGCCAUUUAUAAUGUACUAAAUUUUUAAGGUUUUUGUUAGUGAAGAAUAAUAAUAUAAGUUGAAAUUGUUGAUUGUUUAUAAAACUAUAAUAAUUUAAAGGCGACAUAUAUUAUGUUGAUUAUUUUGUAAGAAGCCAUAGCAUGCUAAAAAGAACAAAUUUUGAGAUACCUAUGUAUUAAUAACACGAUUUAAAUCUUUUAUAGGUAUAAAAAUAAGUAACUAAAAAAAUUUAUAAUAAAUAGAUAAAUAAAUACUUAAUGUGUUCCUUCUUAUGGAUCUCAUUAGAAAGAUAUAGAUCUCAUUAGAAUAAGAUUUAAGCUCAAUAUUAAACAGUACUGUACCGUUAUUCGAAGCCUAAUAAAUACAUGAGAGUAGCAUACUUGAUUUCCGGUCUUAAAUCGUGUACAACGCCGCCAUGAUUGGCUAGCUUCGUCCAAUCAGCGUUCACUUCCGGUUCGCGCCAUUUCCCACCCCUGUAUCAGCAAGGCGUUUGUGGGUGCCUAAUUUGUUCGUCAUUAGCAUCGGGAUUUCCGAACGGAAAGGACAAGAAAACCAUUAGUGCAAAGUGUAAAGUGUAAGAGUUCUGUGAAAAAGUGUAUUCUUAUAUUCGAAAUUGCUUUUUCGACAUUAAUUUAGUAAGUGUGCAACGAAGGUAAAGUAAAAUAUUUUUUCCUUUGCUCCUAUAAGAUUUCUUCUAAAAACCUUUUGUAAAGGUUAUGCGAAUUUUUAACGGUGUUAUCGUUCGAUUCCGAUUAAAAAUAGGAAGAAAACUCCUUUCAAUUUUACAUAAUUAAUGUGUUGUGCCGUAAAGGUAAAAUAUGUCAUUUUUUCAUGUAAGAUAGCGUGUAUUAUAAGAAAAACAUUCCUUUUACUUUCCGUUACUGAUUUACGAACGUUUUUAAAUAUUUUCUUUUUAUAUUUUAAAUAAUAAUCGUGAUUAUAUAAAUAUAAUACCGACUUUUGAUACCUACCUUUACUAUUAUGUGUGCUUUAUAAUCUAUACUAAAUAUGGACUUAAAUUGAUAUAUAUGUUUGAAGGUAUGGAAAGUCAACCAUCUACUAGCAAGGAUUUGACAGGAAGGGAGGAGGCGAGCAUGGAAAAUACAGAACGGAAGGAGAGGAAAAGAAAAAGAGCAAGGUCAUCCAGUUCGGAUAGUUCCAGUAGCAGUUCUACGUCUUCGUCUUCUUCAUUGGGCUGCCGCCGGCAGAAAAAUCGUAAGCAUAGCAGGCGAAACCGUAAGUUUGAUUAUUUAAUCAAUGAAAUUCAUAACCUAAAAA